AGCUUUUAGCGAAGCAGAAGAAGAAGAGCUGACGUCAACGCGCAACGUCAACAGGAAACACGAUGUAAACAGAGCUAAACCCAAAUAAAUAUCCCGCUAACUGUCUCCGUUAGCUUCCGUCUGUUCAGUGUCCGUCUACGCGGACUUCCCUUCAACUAUUUUUUAUCAUACAUUUUCAUAUUAUUUAUUUGAUUGUGCCUCCGCAGUUUGAUAGCUGAGCUGUUAGCUAACCGGAGCUAACGCGAGCUAAGCUCGCAGAGCGUUAGCGUUCACCAACAUGGACGAUAACAAGAUGGUGGCUGGCAAAAUGAAAAAACCGGGGAAACGUGGCCGUAAACCGGCCAAGAUCGACCUGAAGGCCAAACUGGAGCGCAGCCGGCAGAGCGCCAGGGAGUGCCGGGCCCGCAAGAAGCUGCGGUACCAGUACCUGGAGGAGCUGGUCUCCAGCAAGGAGAGAGCCAUCUGCGCCCUGAGGGAGGAGCUGGAGAUGUACAAGCAGUGGUGCUCGGCCAUGGACCAGGGGAAGAUCCCCUCAGAGAUCAAAGCCCUGCUGACGGGAGACGAGCAGAAGAACCCUCAAGGAGGAAGCAGCACCAAGCCUUCCCGGGGAAGCAAGAACAACAACAACAACAACAACAACAACAGCUAGACGGGGCCCUCUGAGGGGAGGCUGACAUAGAGACCCAAACUCCCCUCCACCCAGCUACAAUACCUACCCUAAAGACCCUGAAACACAUGAAACUGUAUCUCUUAAAGUCUGCAGAUCAGAGGAAUCUUCAGAAAGAACCUUUGUGUCUCCUUCAGUCAGUCAUGUGAUUUUUAACAUCAAUAACAUUAAUACUUAUUUUUUAUUUGGCUCCUCGGACAUGAUAAACGUUAACUGUUAAUAUAUGAUUAAAUGUCAACCUGAAUACAGCAGUAGGACCAUGACAAAGUUAGUCUCAAACUUUAAUUAAUAGAAAAUAUUUUAAUCAAUGUCACAAUGCAGUAAGAGGAAGCUCAUUGGCUGUUAGCUGCUGAGGGGGCGGGGUCAACUAACAGACUCAAUACUCACUGCAUUGGUUUUAAUGAAGAGGAAAUGAGGAAAAGGAUUGAAAUAUUCUUUAGUUUCAGUCACAAUAUUCAAAUCUUGUUAAAACAGUUAAAGAUCAAAUUAUUUGAAGUUGUUAAAUGAACAUCAUUCUACUUCAUUAAUCUCUUGUCAUUAUUCUUCAUCUUGAAAAAAAUCGUUAUCUUUAAAUUGAUCUGACUCUUUGUUUUAACAUGGCUCCUUAGAUCCUGAGUUAUUAUUUAUUGAUGAGUAGGUCUCAUGACUAAUGGGUUAAGUGUGAGCACAAUAAUUGUACAGUGAUGCCCGUGUGUGUUGGAUAUAUUUUUGUAUUUGUAUAUUUUAUAUUUGAGCUCAUAGGAGGAAACCGUUGUGAUGCUUCUCCUUAUUUCACUUUCAUUCAUUAAUAAACUUUGUGCACUUUUUUUUCUGCUGAAGCACUUUGUCAGAUGAUUUUAGUUUUGAAGCUUUGCAACAAUGACUGUCUGGAAAUAAAGAGUUCCUCUGUAAAGUC